AUUCACGAUUGUGAACUCCCAUUUCAAUCUCGAAUUCCAUUGAGCUGGCACACUUAGACAGCCGUGGACGCUGCCUGCGGAUCGCAGCAAGGUAACGGGUGACUGUACCUAUAGAAACAAGCAUAACACAUCGCUGCCCACUUCUAUUGCUCGUAAAACUCUCACCGGCCAGGUUCUUUCCUCACCAUUCACCGAGCCGCCCGGACAGAAACAGUAGACGCACAUGCGGCAGUGACCAGUACCGAACAGCCGCUCGGCUAUCUCAUGCCCCUGAGGCUGGCGUAAGAACUUACAUGACAAACGCCAAGACCGUCCAGGCUUGAGGUGCAUCGCGAUGGCGUCGAUACCCAAGGGCGAGGCGGUCCACAAGAAGAAGGAUGGCAUCAUCACUCUCACCGCAGACCGCAAGAAGGUUAUCUGGACGCCCAAUGCCGCUCCGACGGGUCCUCCGAGCGUGGCGAUAGAGAUCAGCAGCAUCACAAACCUCCAGCAGACCCCAGCGACAUCUGCCAAGAUUAUGGUCAAGAUCUUCGAGAAGGGCGCUGACGGAGCGGAACCAACCCCAUAUCUCUUCCAUUUCAACUCGCCGACCAACCCUUCUGAGCAGGCAAGCGCCAUCAAAGAUUUGCUGUCGAGACUCAUAGCGGAUGCCAAGGCGAAUGAUGGCAGCGUCACGCGUCUAGAUGGCGGCCCAGCGGCAGAUGCCAUGGCUCUGGCCAGAGCCGCGAACAAAACGGCUUCGGCACAGCUCUUUGACGACUCCAGGCUCAAGACCGAUAUCAUGCUGCAGCAAGGGCUCAUGCGAGAAGACAAGGCGCUUGCAAGAGUGUAUCUCAAGGCUCGAGAGACCAAGCCAGCCUCGAUGUCUGACACGGCCUUCAACACACAGUUCUGGUCAACGAGGAUCAAUGUACUUCGCUCUUACGCCAUACAAAGCAGCCAGAAGAAAGGCCCCUAUAACGUCCUUGCACAGCUCAAGCCAGAUCUCGUCUCGAGCACCGAUCCAAAUGAUGCAAACAAGAUGAAGCUCAAGAUGAACACGGAGCAGCUCCAGCGUAUCUUCAUUCAGCACCCUCUGGUGAAACGCAUCUACAACGAGAACGUCCCGCCGCUGAACGACUACGAGUUCUUUUCCAAGUUCUUUCUUAGCAAACUGUACAAGCAGCUCCGUGGAGAGCGCCCAACAGGCAUGGAAGAGGCACAGAAGAUAUUUGACAAAUAUGACGAGAAGGACGAUAUCUCGGCCUUCUCCAACAAGGCUCUGGCGGAACAUAUGCCGCAGAUCAUCAAUCUCGAGGGAAACGAAGAAAACCAGGGCGGAUUCAAAGGAGGUAAUCGCAAGGACGUAGAGAUGCGUCCUCGUGGAAGGAGAGAAGUCCCCAUCAUUGCCACCCUCAACGCAGUGAGCGAGCGUUUGCUGAGAGAAACGGUGCCGCUCGACACGACUGUGGACACGAGCCUACCGGACUACGAUACGUACCAUGAAGUUGCCCUACGCGAUCUUGCUGGCAGCACUGAAGAAAGCCGGAUAGCCUUGAACAUCAAAGAGCAGAGCAGGUUCUUUGGGAAUUCCGGAGAGAAGACCUCCAUCACGAAUGAAGCCCUGACGAAGGCACAAUCAUCCAAAGUCCUCAAGGAUACUCGUUCAGAACUAGAGAGACUGAAAAGCGAUGGCGCCGGUGGUAUUGCUCUGCACGACUCGCUGGGAAUUGACGAUGAAAUGGACAGCGACGAUGAGGCUGAGCAGCCGCCACACGUCGGCUCUCGAGCGUCGCGAAAGGAAGCACAAACUCAAAUGCUGGAAAGCAUCGUACAGCGUCGUGCGCAUCUUUAUGGCCACAAUAUGGACGACACAACUCCUAUGGGCUUGCCCGAAGACGUCGCCGCGAGCUGCACACUCACGCACGCCACAACGAUGGAGUUUCUAAAUCAAUUCUGGAACGCCUUCCUGUCGGGCGAUCCAGAUCGGGCGGCUGAGUUGGGAUACCUGGCAGACUCGCUCAACAGAUCAAAGGAGCGGAUAGAGGCAGUAGCCGUGGAGGCUGAAAAGGCUCGCGAUGCCGAGAUCAAAAAGAAGAAAGAAGAGAUCAGGGCAUACUUUGAGAAGACGGGCCGAAAGCGUACCUUCAACUUCAAGUCUGUCAGAGGCGGCCGGGAAGCUGUGCUGAAGCUAAUGGAUCCUGUGUCAAAGACUUUGGAUAGAGCUCUCGCGGACUACAAGCGAGCGUUAGAAGCGGAGGGAAUCCAGGCCAGUACGGAGCUAUGAAGCUAUUCUGCUACCCAGACUGCGGAUAUGAGGGCCCUAUCUAGAUAAACAAGCAUAUCAGAUGUCAAAUUGAGAUAGAGACGGACACCCAUCGUCUCAGACUGCCCUUGUCCGUCCUUGCACACUGUG